AUGUCUGACGAUGAAUGGGGAGAUUUGUUAGACCUUCUCUCAUCUACCAAAAAAGGAGUCAACUUUUCAAUUAGUACAUCUGAUAACGAACAUAACAUGAGAGCGGCCGGAAGAUCUACUAACGCUCUAAAUGAUCUCUUUGGAACCCCGUCCGGAGGAUCCAGUGCCCCUCCAAGACGAGCUGGAGGUCCUUCAUCUCUUGAUGAUCUCUUCGGAACACCUUCAAAACCUUCUGUCCCAUCUGCGUCCACGGCACCCCAGCCAGAGACUACUCAGGUGGCCCAGCCGACUUCUGCUGUUGCUGCUCAGCGUGAUAAUUUUGAGGCUGGGAGGAUUUUGAGACUCGAAACCGAACUAGAUCGAGUCAACAGAGAGCUAGAAGACACUAAACGAAAGAAAAGAGAAGAUGAAGAGGACCUGGAAAACUUUUGGAAAGCAAAACUAGAGGCCCAAAGCAAGGAUAGUAUCAAGACUGUGGAUGAUUUGAAAAAUUCACAUAAGGUGCAACUAGAGAAACUUCAACAGGAACAUCAUUCAGAGCUAGCGAGGAUCAAGACAAAUUUCGAUAGGCAACUGGAGAACGUUACGUCUUCGACGAGUCAGGUGGGAGAUUUGGUAGCUGUGGUGAGGAAGGUUGAUAAUAUUUCAAACAAUAUCGACCGGAUUGCUGCGGAUGUUGUAGCAACCACCAACAAAGUGAGCUACGAGCAAACCGCGCUUCUGCAACUUCAGGAAGAACGGUUGAAAAUGAAAGAGGAAAAACUUGCCGAGGACACAUCAGCCUUCCGAGCGGAACAAUUAAAAGUUCACGAGUUGAAUUUGAGCUUGAAAGAUUUGGUAAAACAUCAACAGGAUGCGAUUGAGAAGGAAAAAUGGAGGACAAAAGAAGAAUGGAAUCGAUUGAAAGUGGAACGGCAGUUGUUCAAGGAAAAUCAGGAGAUAAUCAUAGGAAAUAUUGAAAGAGAGAAACAAAACUUGUCCGAGGAAAUGAGAAAUUUCCGAAAAAACCAAAACGAUCUUCUGUUUCGUGUCAGCACAGAAAGAGAGCUUCUAGAGCAGGAGAAGGCUGAAUUUUUUGCUAAACGCGACCAGGACAUUAAAAGAAUUAAAGCCGAAGCAUAUGAGUUGGAUUUGAAAUCUCAACAGGUGUCGACUGCUGAUCAUCAUGUGACCGAAAUGAAGCUGGUGACCGAGGCCAAGUUUAGACAGCUGCAACAACUAGAGACCCUUCUCUCUGCCGAAUGUUCUGAAAUCGAGCGAAUGAGAAAUGAACAAAAAAUGAACAAUUUGGCUCAAUCAGCAAUGCAUCUGAAUCUUGGAGAAUCUGAAAGACGUCAAAGAAGAAGUAGAGGAGAAGAAGACGUGUUUGGAUCCAACAACUCAAAUCAGAAUAGUCAGAGACGAUCGGAAAGCGUUCGUGCUAGUCUGAAGAAACAUUAUGAAAAUCUAGAAAAGUAUGCGGGACAGAAAGUGGCAACUGUAGCACCGCAGAAUAAUUAG